AUGAACUCGCUACAUCUCCUGGGGCUCCUGCAGCUGCUGGCUGUACCUGCUCUUACCACGCUGCCAACCCAUGACUACUGGGGGGAGUUUGGGGCUUAUGGGCCCUGCAGUCGCACCUGUGGCACCGGAGUGGCAAUGAGAACCAGGAAAUGCAUCACCUCGAGGACCGAUGGAGGACACAACUGCUUAGGAUCCUCCAAAUCUUUCCGAACCUGCAACACACAGGCGUGCCCAGCGGGAUCGAAGGAUUUUAGGGAGGAGCAGUGCUCCCAGUUUAACAGUGUCCUGUUUCAAGGAAAACACCAAACGUGGGUGCCUUAUUAUGGAGCGACCAACCCGUGUGAGCUGAACUGCGUCCCAAGUGGACAAAACUUCUUCUACAGACACAGGCCUGCAGUAGUGGAUGGAACAAAGUGCUACGUUGGCCGCAGUGAUAUCUGUGUGGACGGCGUCUGCAGGACACUGACCCAUGCUGAAUUCAUGGGUUUGGAUGAAGACAAUAACUCUGUGCAGUCCCCUGCCCCCGUUGCCGUCGCUCCUCGCCCCAGAGAGCAUCACACAUACUUCUACAAAAUCGGUGUUUACGGCCAGUGCUCUGCCGCUUGCAACGGGGGCAUGCAGUAUCGCAGCGUGACGUGCUGGGUGCAGGACCCCUCCAACCCCCGCGUGGUGGAUGAGACGCACUGCAUUUCUCAACACCUGCAGAGGCCACAGAGUCAGCAGGCUUGCAACAUGCAUGCAUGUCCUGCAGAGUACAGCGUCUCCAGCUUCAGCGUGUGUUCAGUUACCUGUGGGGAAGGGCAGCAGACCAGGGAGGUGUUCUGUGUGGGAUCAGGAGGCGAACGCCUGUCUGACCACGCCUGCAGCGGACAGGUGCGACCUGCUUCAGUGCAGACCUGCCGCAGACCUGCCUGUCACACGCACAUAUCCUGGCAUGCGACGGAGUACGGACUGUGCACUAGAAGCUGUGGCGGUGGCGUGAGGGAGAGGAGGGUUUCCUGUUCUGAUUCAAAUUUGAAUCUUUAUCCAGAAGCCCAGUGUGCAUCAGCCAACAGGCCCAUUUCUGUGGAGGCAUGCAAUUCACAGCCCUGCACUCAACCACAAUUGGUCCCAAGUGUGCAGAACCCAACAGCAACUGGGAACUCAGUGAGGGGAUAUGUCCCUCAUGUGCCAGUGUCGAGGCCAGAUACAAACAAUGGAAAUGAGCAGUACGUUCACUGCACACAGUCCACGUAUGGCUGCUGCCCUGAUGGACACACCUCCGCAACUGGACCCAGGAAUGAAGGCUGCUCACAGACUGAUUGCAUUCGCACCAGGUAUGGAUGUUGCUUGGAUGGGGUGACAGUGGCUCGAGGAUUUGGCAGAGUUGGAUGUCCUGAGUUUCAGACAGCUGUGCAGCUCCCAUCAUCUACCUCAUCCACAUCAUCUCACUCACCCUCCUUUCCCGGGGAUGUUUGCUCCCUGUCGCGCGAUGACGGCCCCUGUGACACUUGGAAAGUCCGGUUCUAUUAUGACUCAGGCACUAGGAAAUGUACUCAGUUCUGGUAUGGAGGCUGCCAGGGAAAUGCCAAUAACUUUGAGACCCUGACAGCAUGCCAGGCAGAGUGUGGGGAUGUGGUGAGGGGCCGGCCUGCAGCAACGCCCAGUAGAGGCACCCCAAGGAGAGUGACACCAAGGAGAGGCCGGGCAGCAAGAGCCUAAGCAUAUCUUCUGCUAAUAACUCCAAAACAUGGGAUAGCCUAUAAACAUGAUUUAUUUUAGCAUCUGCUUUUCCAAUAAACUUAUAGAGAUCAUGAUGAUUGAUGGCUUGAAUUUGAGUGUACUAAUUUGAUCUUUCAAAUCUC